AUAUUUGAUCUAGCCUCCGAAGCUAGUUUCUGGCAACAGAAAUCUCGAUCGAGUCAUUCCAUUGGCAGUAUUGACAGAAAUAACGCCGAGGUCAUUUACAAACUUCUCAAGCCUGCAGCUGAUGCUACUCAAAGCCUCGAACUUCAAGUGUCUUCCAACUACCAGUGGGAGGGAUCUGGAGACACGGAAGAAUUUAUUGGUUUCCUCUCAGAGACCAUUGAAUCCGCCGUGCUUGACAGUUUGGACGACGUUUGGCGAAUGAAAAAUGAGUUAGACGUUGCACCUUAUCCAGAGGUUCGAAUGCGAUUCCUUCUGGAGGCGAUCACUGGGUGGAUUUGUCGAAUUCUCAUCUCAUAUUUGUGCUCUUCGAAUGGGUACUCUGAGACCGCAGCAAUUUGGAGCAGACCAUUUAAGCAGGUGAGAAUUCAAAUGAGUCGCGCAAUACAACUAUGCGAACAAUGGGAGAAAUCGUGCCUCUUCUUCACUCAACAACUGUGGGCUAGUGAGGCCUCCCAUCGCUGGGAAGGGGAGCCGCCAUCACUCUCCUACCUGCAAAACUUUAAAAACCGAUUGAAAGAGGCUGUUUUUCAGGUACUAAACCUCCGAGGCACUUACGAGCAGCUUGUCUGGGUGUUCAGUCCGCAGGAACGCGAGCGUCUCGGCCUGUCAGCACGAAUGGACGACUUUCUGUGUAAGAACUUGCCGACGUUCUCGAAGGUGUCCGCCGACGAGAAUAAUGUUUUCAGUCAGUUUGUUUACAGUCCACUCGCCUACAAUCCGUACAGCUCCGACCAAUGGUACAUAGCAGUGAAUCUCUUCAGUGACAGAAUUCGAGCUGCUGAGGAAGCGGCUGUGCCCCACUUGCGGAUGUCUCUGUUGUCUAUUUUUCAAAAAUGCAAUCCUCCGAACAUCCUCUUAAUUUUCCUACCUGGAGCCAAAAUGAACGAGGACCCUCCUGGUGAAACCUCGAUUGGGGCUUCCCAAUUCUUCGUAGAAUUUCAGCACUUUGGUGAACUGUACAAAAGGCCCUUGAUUGCAAAGGCUCUUCAGGCGGAUCGAGAAAUGAUCUUUGGUUACAUCGAGGCUGGCGUAAAGAAUCUUCGAGAGGAAUUUUCGCGCCAACCAACGGAAGAACCAGAUAUCGAAAGUGCAAGUCUCAACUACGUUCGACAUGGAAGAAACAUUCCCAAUCAAGUCGACCGAAUUGUCUGGGCAAGUCAGCUAGAAAAUCGAACAAGAGAGUACCUAAAGCUGGCUGAUUCGAUGCUCUAUGACCUAGCUAAUUAUGAUUCUUUAAAGGAGAAAUUGGAAAGCCUCAUCAAAAAGGUUUCAAAGUGGUGCGAGGAUCAGUUUCGCGCUUGGUGCCGCUUAAACCAAGCCGCCAUCUGUAGGACAAGCGUCUCAGACGGCGCCGAAGGCGCGGGCGGGAGCUUAGAAUUUGACGCCUCGAGGACGCUUUUGCGGUUGUCAACGGUGGACGGACACCUCCACGUCGGCUACCCCGAUGGACUAGUGAGACUGCAACGUGAAGUGCGUCUUCUUGCCGGCUUGGGGUACCCGGUGCCUCUCCAACUAAAUAAAGUUGCUGCCUUGGCUGAAACCAUGUAUCGACAUGCCAUCGUUCUUAAACAGGUAGCUCACUUCUACAACUCGAUUGACAGCCAAAUGAUACCCUGUCAAAAGGCCUUGAUGCUUAAAUCCGCAAUGGCGUUUGAGCACCUAAUCAAAUUCAGCCACCUGAAAGAGAAGGGCGAUGGGAAGUUGCCCGCUUCGAAGUGCCAGGAGCGCUGCAUCACUUGGAGUCAGGCUGAGGAAGUACCUAUUUUUAUUUCCAAGCUGCAGGCACUAGCAAGCAACUUGAUGGAAGAAAAUAGAAGACUUCGAAAAAUACAUUAUGAACUCAUUUCCAAGGUAAUCUUUCCUAUUGUCAGUUUAAUGGAUGUAGAUUUGCUCCGACAACAAAACAAGUGGCGGGAGACACUGAUGACAAUGCGUUGUUGUCUCUCGGAAAUAGCAAGUUCUGGCGGCUACCCCGCGGACCAUAUGGGUCCCUGGUGGGCCCACCUAGAUCGGCAGCUCUACAAAGCUCUUGAAAUCCAAUAUCUCUUUGGUCUGGAGACACUCAAUGAACGCAUGCCAGAAAUGCGAAUUGAACUUGUCUACCAGCAAUCUCAACUUUCAUUUCAGCCCCCUUUUGAAGAGAUCAAAUCCAAGUACUACCGAGAAAUGCGUAAAUUCAUCGCAAUACCUUGCCAUUUUCGGGGUGUCUCAGACUUCGGCGACUCGAAAUCCCGCACCGAAAACAGCCUUAUUUUUUCAAAGAUAAUCGAAAACCAGUCGGCUGGGUUUUAUGUUUGCUACCAAAAGGCGGAGUUCUUAUUCUCUCGCUUGCGGGCUUCAAUGAACCAAUUUCAGGACUGGGUUGCACUGGGUAAUGUGGACCUAGAGGACCUUGUGGAUGUUCAGUGUCGCGAAAUUUCCGACUACGAAAGUAACUUCAGAGCCUUGAAGCGACGCGGAAGAGCGGCGGAAAUGUUGCCGAAUGAAAUAAAGAUAGACUGUUUUACAAUAAACUGUGUUUUUGUGAAGAAUUCUAUUGAACAACUUCUGCAGAACUUGUUUGACGCCUUGGUGAAUUGCUUGCGGCGUUCUGUACAAGCGGACUAUGUCGCUGCUGAUACGUUUCUGUCAGGCGCUGUCGAAAAGCUCUCCAUCAGACCACAAACGGUGGAAGAGAUGGCAGAGGCGAAGGAUAAACACGCCACUCUGGCCAAGGAGCAGUCGCGUUUGGCCGACAGGCUCUGCUGCGCUGAGGCGAAAGACAAGCUUCUGCGUGACGUUGUCGGUGCUGGCGUUGAUUCUUUUGCAAAAACCAAAGCCAAGUGGGCAAAAUUCCAGUUAAUGAUGGAGAGCUUUAAGCUUAUGCUGAACGAACAAACAGGGGUUCUGAAGGCAAAUAUAGAAUCUCGUGUUAAGGCUUUUGAAGGGCAUCUGGAGAAGUUUUGCGCACGCUGGCACCAUUUAAGGCCCUCUAACGAACUGCUUCAUUCUGGGGACAGAAAGCAGUGUCUGGAAGCUGUUAAGAUCAUUCAACAUCAAAAGAGUGAAUUUGAUGAGAUUGAAAAGGUUAUGACUGAUCUCAAGAGGCAUUGUUCUCAUUUUGAUAUUAUCCAACCGGACUUCAGCUUAGUCGAUGAAAUACGAUCCAAUUUAUUGGAAACAGAGGCGAUUUGGUCAUUGUAUGAGAAAUUUGCACUUGAAAUUGUGGUACACGAAGGUGAAGAUUGGAUCUCAUUCAGGUAA